UUACCACCGUCAUCACCUCCACUUACAUACCAAAAAACAUUAUUACCCUGCAAAAUCUUCCCCAAUAAUCUUUCAAAAAAAGCCCUAAACCAAACCUUGAUAUAACUAGGGUUUAUCUCAAUUAAUUUCCCCUAGGGCUCCAAUGUCCAAACGCAAGUUCGGAUUUGAAGGUUUCAACAUCAACAAACAAUCAACCUACAGUUUCGAACGUCCCGAACAACCGCAACGUCUCUACGUCCCUCCGUCAGCUCGCAGCGGCGGAGGAGGUCACGACCACUACGAAGACACCGAUCUCGAUAACAUCGAGUACGAUGAUUCAAAUAACGACGACAACAACCAACAGACAGCACCGACGGCAGCAGAAGACGACGACGAAAUCGAUCCGUUGGAUGCGUUUAUGGAAGGAAUUCAUGAAGAGAUGAAAGCGGCACCACCGGUGAAGGCGAAACAGAAGGUGGAAGAUAGGUUUAAAGAUGACGAUGAAGAUGAUCCAAUGGAGAGUUAUCUGAGAGCAAAAAAGGAUUUAGGAUUGACGCUUGCGAGCGAUGCUUUACACGCUGGUUAUAAUUCGGAUGAGGAGGUUUACGCGGCUGCCAAAGCGGUGGAUGCUGGUUUGUUAGAGUAUGAUUCUGAUGAUAAUCCUGUUGUUGUUUUGGAUAAGAAGAAAAUUGAACCUAUUGCUCCUCUUGAUCAUAGUUCCAUUGAUUAUGAACCGUUCAAUAAGGAUUUUUACGAAGAAAAACCUUCCAUUUCAGGUAUGAGUGAGCAGGAAGUUUCUGAGUAUCGAAAAAGUCUGGCCAUCCGUGUUUCAGGCUUCGAUGUUCCAAGACCAAUAAAGACUUUCGCAGAAGCUGGAUUUGCUACAGAGCUAAUGAAAGCUAUUGCAAAACAAGCUUAUGAAAAGCCUACUCCAAUACAGUGCCAGUCUUUGCCAAUUGGGCUAUCAGGGAGAGAUAUCAUUGGCAUUGCAAAAACUGGUUCAGGGAAGACUGCUGCUUUUGUCCUCCCUAUGAUUGUACAUAUUAUGGAUCAACCUGAAUUGGCGAAAGAAGAGGGGCCCAUUGGAGUAGUUUGUGCACCUACCAGAGAACUCGCACAUCAAAUAUACCUGGAAGCUAAGAAAUUUGCAAAAGUAUAUGGUAUACGCGUGUCUGCAGUUUAUGGUGGAAUGUCAAAACUUGAACAGUUUAAAGAACUGAAGUCAGGAUGCGAGAUAGUUGUUGCAACACCUGGGAGAUUGAUAGACAUGCUUAAAAUGAAGGCACUUACAAUGUCAAGAGCUACUUACCUGGUCCUUGAUGAGGCUGAUAGGAUGUUUGACCUCGGAUUUGAACCACAGAUAAGAUCCAUUGUAGGUCAGAUCAGGCCAGAUCGCCAAACUUUGCUCUUUUCAGCAACAAUGCCUCGCAAAAUUGAGAAGCUUGCCAGGGAGAUACUGAGCGAUCCGGUGAGAGUUACUGUCGGAGAGAUUGGCAUGGCCAAUGAGGAUAUUACCCAAGAAGUUCAAGUACUUAUUGCUGAUACAGAGAAGUUGAGUUGGCUGCUUGGGAAGCUACCAGAACUGAUUGAUAAUGGUGAUGUACUUGUUUUUGCUUCAAAAAAGGCGACAGUGGAUGAGAUAGAAAGUCAACUUUCCCAGAAGGGGUUUAAAGUUGCUGCUCUUCAUGGUGACAAAGACCAGUCAUCUCGUAUGGAGACAUUGCAGAAAUUUAAGGCAGGAAUGUACCAUGUGCUUGUUGCAACUGAUGUUGCUGCUCGUGGUCUUGACAUCAAGUCAAUUAAGUCAGUGGUUAAUUAUGAUAUAGCUAGAGACAUGGACAUGCACGUGCAUAGAAUUGGAAGAACAGGGCGUGCUGGGGAUAAAGAUGGGACUGCUUACACCCUUAUCACACAUAAAGAGGCUCGUUUUGCUGGCGAGUUGGUUAACAGUCUAAUUGCGGCUGGUCAAAAUGUGUCAAUGGAACUUAUGGACCUUGCCAUGAAGGAUGGGAGAUAUAGAUCCAAGCGAGACGCGAGAAAAGGAGGUGGAAAAAGGGCAAAAGGAAGGGGAGGUAGCAAUCGAGGUGUGCGUGGUGUGGAUUUUGGGUUGGGGAUAGGAUACAAUACAGAACCUAAAAACACCCCAUCAACUGCUCUUCCUGGUCGUAGUUCAGCUGUUAAUUCACUGAGGACAGGAGUUAUGGCACAGUUCAAAAACAGUUUUGUUGCUGCUUCAUCAAAUUCUCAAAAUCAGGGUGUAAACAACAGUAACAAGAAAAUGGUUUUGCCUGGCUUUGUUUCUGGUGGUUCGAUUGGCGGAGAUACGCGUGCUCCUCCUACACAAUACCAUUCGUCAAGCUCAACUCCCAUGCCAUCUGGGAAUAGUGCUAAUCAGAACAAAGAACAUGGGAGCCAGGACAGUUCUGAGAGAUCGAGAGACCGUCCUAGAGAAAGGAGAAGGCCUUCUGGUUGGGACCGCUGAACAGCGAGUGGCUGAUAAUCUUGUACGUUAUGUGACUUGACACUAUAUUUAGUUGACUCUUGUUUCUCCUUUUUAUUAUAUGAACUCCAUGAUUCAUAUAUGUAGUUGCAACUGCAACUUUAUUUAAGGUCAAUGACAGUUGAGUUUGAUUUAUA